AUGAGAGAUGGGUUAGAAGUUUGCCACUUCCAGUCUGCAGUCACAUUUUGGAUGCUGAUCACGGAAUAUCCAGUGUCUGAGUUUUCUGUGAAGGGACCAGCUGAGCCUGUUACAGUCCUGCUAGGGAUGGAUGCCACACUGCCAUGUCAGCUGUCUCCUGUGCAGAGUGCAGCCCAUAUGUACAUCUGGUGGUACCGAUCUCAGCUCUCCUCCACAGUACUUGUGUACCAGAAUGGACAGGAACAAGAUGGAGAGCAAAUGCUGGAGUAUCGUGGCAGGACAGAGCUACUGGUGGACUCUAUAGACAAGGGGUCUGUGGCUCUGCGUAUCCAACAUGUUCGUGUCUCUGAUGAUGGUCAAUAUCGGUGUCAUUUUAAGGAUGAGCACAUCUCCCAUGAGACCACUGUGGAAUUGCAUGUUGUAGGUUUGGGUUCUGCUCCUCGUGUACACAUGACAGGGCCAGAAGAUGGUGGUAUUCGUAUAUUGUGCUCCUCCGGAGGUUGGUUCCCAAAACCCAGGUUGCAGUGGAGUGACAAAGCUGGAGCGAAGCUUACAACCCUCUCUGAGACUCUGACCCAAGAUGGAGAUGGACUCUUCCAUGUGGAGGCAUCUCUUGUGGUCACAGACAGGUCUCUGGGCAAUGUUACCUGCUCCAUCCAGAAUCCCAUUUCCCAUGAGGAAAAAGUGUCAGUCAUUUUCCUCCCAGAGCCCUUCUUCCCCAGGGUGUCUCCAUGGAAAGUGGCUCUGGCAGGGACAGCCCCUGUGCUAAUUAUCCUCCUCACUGGGAUCAGCUACAUUGGCUGGAAAGAGCAUCAAGCCAAGGACAUAGAAAUUAAAAAACGGAAGAAAGAAUCUGAGGAAAGAGAUGAAGUGAAAAAAGAAAAGGAAGAGGCACUUAAAGUCAAAGGUAAAUUGAGGGCAGAACUUGAAAAACGAAAGCAGUUAUAUGAUGCAGAUUGGAAGAAAGCACUGCUAUAUCCUGACUGGAGAAAAGAACAUUUUAAGUUGGCUGACAUGACUUUAAAAUGGGGAAACUUUGAUCAGAAUAAUUCUGACCCAGAUAAAAAAGACAACCUCAAAGAGUUAACACAAGAUCAACAUUUCAAAAAUGAGAAAGGAGAUGACAACUGCAUCACACUUCAUCAAAAUUGUUUUACCUCAGGAAGAUAUUAUUGGGAAAUAGAUGUAGAAGGCAUUGAAGAGUGGAGUCUAGGUAUCUAUGAGGGAGAUCUGAAGAAUGAUGAACCACCGCAAAAUUCAUCAGAAAAGAAACUUAGAAUCUUAGAGAAGAAGGGAUGUGAAUAUAGGGCUCUCACUUAUGGUUUCCAAAAAAAUUCUAGCAAAGUGUGUCUUCAGAUAAAAAAGUGUUUACAGAAGAUUGUGGUUUUCUUGGAUUAUGAGGAUAGUGACAUUUCUUUUUAUAACCUGACUGAUGGUUCUCAUAUCUACACUUUCAAAGAGCCCAGCUUUACUGGAUCACUCUGCCCUUACUUCAAACCUAAAUCCAUGGAUUUUUCCCCUUAA